AUGAGUGCCGGCCUACUCACCGUGUCGACUACAAUUAUCAACAACGACAGCGAAUUCCCGUCCCUCGGCGGCCGAGGGACCCCCGGCUCGUUCUCGCUUCUGCCGACGACCAGCGGCUACUCGGCCACCCAGUCGCCAAUCCCCUCCGGUUAUGGUGCGAAUAAUCGGCCGAAUUAUGCGAAUUUGAUGCGUAGCGGCGGCGGCGAGGGUUUCGGGAACAACGAGUUCCACAUCCAAUCCGAGGAUUUCCCCGCCCUUCCCGGGGCACAAGCCAACAAGGCACAACAGCCACCCCAGCCUUACGCGCAAGCGCGAGAAGGGGCCAUCCCGGCCGACGGAAUGCCCAGCAAUCUGUCGACAACGUCGGAAGCUGUGGGGCCAACGGAAGGGCGGGCGGAGCAGCGAUUUGCCGAGUUGACGCCCGAAGAGGCCAGUCGGACGGGCAUCAUCACCCGUCCUGACGGCGAGGUGACGAAUAUUCCGCCGGGGAUGCUGAACGACCAGUUUGGCAUGGCCGGUUUCGUGACGUACUGGAGGAUGGCCACCGAGCAGCAACAUCUACUCUCUAUGGCCAUCGGCUACGAUCUCACCGGACUCGGGUUGAAUAUCAGCAGCAACUCUGACCGACUCCUCUACACAACAUUCGGCGGCCCUUGGGCGGAUUACCCAUGCCGGCCACAGGAUAUGGAUGCGCGUGUCCCCGUCGAGUACCUCACCAACGCCACGAUACGCGACAAGUUGCCCAACAUCCGGCUGCACAAACUCGGCGAGGACGUCCUCUUCUUCCUGUUCUACAACUGCCCCGGCGAGGUGUACCAGGUCGCCGCCGCCGCCGAAUUAUACACGCGCGACUGGCGAUUUCACAAGCAAGAGUGCAUCUGGUUGACACGGUCACAGUAUGGACAGAUCAAGGAGCAGACGCAAACAUACGAGAACGGCAGCUAUAUGGUGUUUGACCCGAUCCAGUGGCGGAAGGUGCCCCGGGAAAUGAAACUGGAGUACAAGUAUUUGGAGGAGCGGCCCAAACUCCCGCCCUCAAUGCAGAUUGGCGCCUCGGGGGCGGCGGGCGCGCCCGCGGCCCCCGCGUCCGCGCCCAGCGCAAACGGGCCCGCCGCGGCAGCCAUCGCACAACCAAUGGCCCCGGGUAGUGCACCGAUGUCUGGAGCGUCUUCGCCGGCUGGUGGUCAACCAGUUGGGAAAGCUCCGCAGAAC